UUGCCAUGACAAAGUGAGAAACACUGAAUGGUCACACGGAAAAACGUCUCAGACAAACCAGCCACUAAUGCGGCAUGGCUCCUCAACAAUUUGGUCAUUUUUUCUCCAUAUUGACCUGGAUGAUUCUUAUUUUUCUCCCGUUUCGCUCUUCAGCAAUGGACUUACCAAGCAUCGAGCUAGAAAGCCUGGUUUUUGUGGCCUUCAAGGGUGAAGAUCUCACGAUCACCGGCAACCUGUCCAAACCAGCCAACCAAGGCCCAGAUAUCCUGACCUGUUUCAACCCCUCCCGCCAAAAGAUCUACAGCUGUGACACCAAAGCGACAGCUAACAGCACAGACAGUGAACCACUAAAUCUGGAGCUGAAAAAGCUGAGCGAUUCAGGAGAAUACUACUGCGAGUAUAAGACUGUAAAGGUGCACUGGUUUCUUCUAGUGAGAGAUGCAGGCUACAAGGAAGCAGAAAUGCUCGAUUACACCGAGUUCAUCAUCCUGGGCGUCGUCACCGCAGUGCUGAUGGUAUUCAGCAUAGUCGGCUCGGUGUACGUCUUCAGAGGACAUUGGAAAGUCACCAAAUGUGGCGGCACAGGCAAAAAACAACCACAGAACCGAGAAGAAAAGACGCAGAGCGAGACAGGAGAAGAUAAAGUGGAUGUGACGGCUCAGUCUUCCUCUUUCUAUGCUAGUUUGGAACCUCGGCCCGCAUCUAUUUAUGAUGUUCUGGACCACUCAGCUGCCAACAAACAGCCAGAGCAGAAGAAAGCUAAACCCAAGAAGAGAGGCCCCAAAGAAGCGGUGCAGCCAAACACAGAGCAGCCGGACGAAGGUGUAUUUGAGUGUGUUUAUGAGAACUUCUGAAUCCAUUUCUUUGCACUAAUAAUUAUAUGUUUUUGUUGUUCGUUUGUUUGGCUGGAUUUUCAUUGGUUGAUUAAUUUUCAUGCAUAUCAGUGACUGAAUGAGGACUUAACUGUUUUCUACAGAAUGUGACAAUUCCAAAUGUGAAAAAAGCAUGAUCAGCAAAAUGUGCUUUGUGUUGUGAAGUAUUGAAAGAACUCACUAUGCAGAGAGAUGACCUCUGACCUGUUACAGUGUUCUGCGCUCACUGACCACUGUACGAGGUACAACUGGGGGAUUUUAAGUAUUACACAUGAAAACUGUGCAUUCAGUUUUACAUUUUAAACAUAUUUUAAAGUGUUCUGGAAUGUAUUGAUAGCUUCAGGGAAAAAAAAAAUCAUUAUUUAAGAAUGUUUGUUAUUGAGGUUAAAGUGGAUGGUGUUUUUGUAGCAGUGAUUAAAUAAUUUUGUUAAUCUGACUCUG